AUGCCACCGCAAACUCGUGAAGUUAAGGUCAGAUCGGCAACCGUUCUGAUAAACGUGACCAUUAUUGACGAGAAUGAUAACGCGCCUACCUUCACUCACGUCGGACCUCUCUCAAUCGCCGAGAACCAACUGGAGUACACACAACUCAGCGAGAAACUUGCCGCUUUUGAUCCAGAUGCUGGUGAAAAUGGUCAGAUGUCCUCUGAAACUGGACUGUCUUCCAGGCUGUUCUGGCCCUUCUCGGUGUUGCUGCCACCUUAUUGUCGCUUUUAUGUCCGAGCUGUAGGGCGCAAGCGGCUUGCUCCAGUGUCCCUUCCUCUAACCCGCUUUCAUUCCCCGUUCAUUUCCGCCUCUCCGCUUCCUUCUUUCACAUCUCAUUCUCACGCCUCUGGCCAAUUCGGCCGACCUGUGACAGCUGUUGUGCCAUUCUCUUGUGGACAAGCCAGGCUUUGGGGCAUGCGCGCUUUCUUCGCCUCCUCUUCCCCUUUCACACCCUCACUUACCGCACAAGUUGCCUUUUUCUGCAACAUCUGCUGUCAGUGCUUGUUUAGGCUCUCUUCAGGGGAAUCGCAGACGCUUAUUCUGUCCCUCCUCUUCUCUUCUGAGCCCUCUCCUCUCUUCACUCCUCUCACGCGACCAGCUGGCACCCACUGCCAGCUCAAGGGACUGUAUGAUGGUGCACACCUCCGGAUUGUGGCACUCACUCUUGGCACAUUUGUUCUCAAUAAAUCGCUUCAGGGGGUCCACUAG